AUCUUGUACACUUCUUGUGCAGGUCUUACUUCAUUUCUUGUGUGUGGAACUUUGUGGGCCCUUUCGACCAGCACUGUCCAUAUUAGAUGAGAAGAGAGAAGAUCUAGCGUAGAGGAAUAACGAUGUAUCUGUGGCCUUGGACGUGAACUAGUCUUCUGUGUUAACAUAGCGUUGGGGACCGAUGUUGUGGGAAGCAUGGACCUAACGAACGGGCAGGCAAGCAGUGUUAACGUCGCUGCUACUGCUUCUGAGAAAAGUAGCAGUUCCGAAUCAUUAAGCGAAAAGGGUUCCGAAUUGAAGAAAAGCUUCGAUGCUGUGGUGUUCGAUGUUCUGAAGGUUACGCCGGAAGAAUAUGCGGGUCAGAUAACACUAAUGGACGUUCCAGUAUUUAAAGCCAUUCAACCAGAUGAGCUUUCAAGUUGUGGAUGGAAUAAAAAAGAAAAAUACAGUUCUGCACCAAAUGCUGUUGCUUUCACAAGGAGAUUUAAUCAUGUGAGCUUUUGGGUUGUUAGAGAGAUUCUUCAUGCUCAAACGUUAAAAAUUAGAGCAGAAGUUUUGAGCCACUAUAUUAAAACUGCUAAGAAAUUGUAUGAGCUGAAUAAUCUUCAUGCACUUAUGGCAGUGGUUUCUGGCUUACAGAGUGCCCCAAUUUUCAGGUUGACUAAAACAUGGGCGUUAUUAAGUCGAAAAGACAAAACUACCUUUGAAAAAUUAGAAUAUGUAAUGAGUAAAGAAGAUAACUACAAAAGACUCAGAGACUAUAUAAGUAGCUUAAAGAUGACACCUUGCAUUCCUUAUUUAGGUAUCUAUUUGUCAGAUUUAACAUACAUCGAUUCGGCAUACCCGUCUACUGGCAGCAUUCUAGAAAAUGAGCAAAGAUCAAAUUUGAUGAAUAACAUCCUUCGAAUAAUUUCCGAUUUACAGCAGUCCUGUGAAUAUGAUAUCCCCAUGUUGCCUCACGUCCAAAAAUAUCUGAACUCUGUUCAAUAUAUAGAAGAACUACAAAAGUUUGUGGAAGACGAUAAUUACAAGCUUUCAUUAAAGAUAGAACCAGGGACUAGCACGCCUCGAUCUGCUGCUUCUAGGGAAGACUUAGCAGGUCCUGAAGUAGGAGCAUCUCCACACUGUGGAAGAAAGAGUAUGGCGGCCGAGGGGGCCUUGCUGCUGCAGACGCCGGCGACCCCUCGGAACCUGAUUCCACACGGACACAGGAAGUGUCACAGCUUGGGAUAUAAUUUCAUUCAUAAAAUGAACACAGCAGAGUUUAAGAGUGCAACGUUCCCAAAUGCAGGGCCGAGGCAUCUGCUGGAUGACAGCGUCAUGGAGCCCCACGCGCCAUCUCGAGGCCACGCCGAAAGCUCCACGCUUUCUAGCGGAAUAUCAAUAGGUAGCAGUGAUGGUUCUGAACUAAGUGAAGAAACCUCAUGGCCUGCUUUUGAAAGGAACAGAUUAUACCAUUCUCUCGGCCCGGUGACACGAGUGGCACGAAAUGGCUAUCGAAGCCACGUGAAGGCCAGCAGUUCUGCAGAAUCAGAAGAUUUGGCAGUACAUUUAUAUCCAGGAGCUGUGACUAUUCAAGGUGUUCUCAAGAGAAAAACUUUGUUAAAAGAAGGCAAAAAGCCUAAAGUAACAUCUUGGACAAAAUACUGGGCAGCUUUGUGUGGGACACAGCUUUUUUACUAUGCUGCCAAAUCUCUAAAGGCUACAGAAAGAAAACAUUUCAAGUCAACAUCAAAUAAGAAUGUGUCCGUGGCAGGAUGGAUGGUGAUGAUGGCCGAUGACCCGGAGCAUCCAGAUCUCUUCCUGAUGACUGACUGAAAGGUGAGUCGUUAGCAUGACUAGAGGUCAAGAUGCUGCUUACACAGGACUUUGGAUAAACCAAAACCUAGUUUAACUGAAAUACUCAACCUGGUAGGGUUUGUGUAGUUUUACCUCUUGGGAAAUAUUUCCUUCACAUAAGGUAUGGCAAUGAUAUCAUUAUUUUAAAUAUCAGUUAAUAUCUAUGAAUUGUUUCUUUAAUAAGUUUAUUAAACAAGCUAUUUUCUUUGCUGCAGGGCAUAAGCUCGAAAUUAAAAGCCCAAGGAAUCCCUAGAGAGCUAGUUACCAGGCAGGCAGGAGGAAAAGAGGGAAUUUGAGAAUCUAUAGGCCACUGUUACCUUAAAAUCUCAGAGAUUUGCCAUGUAUGCAGUACCUUCACUUACACCCUGAAGCAAAUUGUUAUUCUUAAGUUCUGAAUAUGGUGGAAGUUUUCCUUUAAAUGAUUUUUAAUUAAAUUAAUUGCUUAUUCGACUCAAAGCACUUUGCAAAGAAGUAUAAAUUAUAACAGUUCACUUAUACUACAUAGAGACAUUUAUGAAUAAAAUUAUUGGCUGCCGACUAUAGGAGUUUUUUAAGUGGAGGGUGGGCUGCGUAGAAUCAUUUCAUACCUCCCGACCUUGCUCGUGCCUAUGGGGAGAUCUCGGGUGGUCGGUCAUCAGAACAGACCCUGACGUGACUGCUGCUCUUCCCUCGUGACAGCUGUCGAUAAGCACACAAAGGGAGCCCCAAAGGAAAUGCCUUCAUAUCUGCCCAGAAUCUUCCAGCAACUCACAAUGGAAAUAUCACAUUACCUUUUAUUGACUGUACAGUUACAUUUUGACCUGUAUUCAAAAUGCAUUUUAUAUCAGUAGAUAUUCUGCUUUUAGGUUAUUAUGGUGUUUUAAGUAAAAACGUAAGUAAUAUAUGUUGGAUACAAAAAAGUAAUAAUUGUGGCCAGCUCAAUUGUAGGAAUGCCUUCUAUUAGAUUAAUCUAAUAUCCGCAUCUGAGUUCAGCCUGCAAAACAGAAUUUUUGAAUAAUUAACAUUUGGAGAAGAAAAAGUAUUGCUUCUAAAAGUGAAAAAGUUCUUUGUUAGAAUCUCAAAGAAAAGCUGCAUUAAUGCCUAAAUAUAGCUCCUGUGCCAUUGAAUGCAGUUAUAAAAGAAAGUAAAAAUCGGUGAAAAUUGGGAAACAAAAUGAACUUAGAUCAAUGAAAAAAGAGAAUAAAGCUCAAUUUAGGGCAAUCUGUAGUACAUAAAUCCUUUCUUUUCUCAAUUUAUCUUAAUACAUAUAACCAUAUAAAAAUGCUUAUUAUUUGUCAGUCCUGAAUUAGACUGACAUAAGAUCUGCUAAAUACACACAACACAGAUGAAUUUCUGAUUUUCUAAAAGAGAGAAAGGUAUCUCCUCAGAUUUUUCCCAGAAAGCCCUCAGUAAACCUGUAAUAAUUUCGACAGAUAUAACUAAAAACUAAAGGCAUAGCCGAUAUUGAGGUCGGCUGAUUAACCUUUAAUCACAGUAUAUAGCUAACGUCUAAAUGUUAAACAGAUGAAGCGUUUUGGCCUGUAAAAACUUCAUAUUAAAAUCUAAGACAUAUUAACAUCUAAGAGAUCAUCUAAGCAGUACUGAGAACAGAUAUUCUGUGCUCUCAUCCACACACAAAUCUAGAGAAAGCAAACAAUUUUAUUUAGAUAUACUUUCCUCUAAAAGAACAUAUAAGGAGACAAAAGUACUUCUCUUUCAGUUCAUAAACAGCAAAACAGUGACCUUCUGCAUAAACAAUGCCACGUAAAUGUGGCUCAGAGAACUCUCUGUACUGGAAAAUCAGGUGUUGGAAGAAUAGAAUUAUGAAACUGAGAACUCUCGUCACAUUUUAGUUUGCUCUUUGGUAGCUGGCAUAAUUAUUAUAUGUCAGAGUCCUUAAAUUUUAAUUAUUUCUCCCUUGUUUUGAUUUUAGGAAAUUCAUACAAGUUUCAAGCUGGCAAUAGGAUGAAUGCAAUGCUGUGGUUUAAGCAUUUGAGUGCUGCCUGCCAAAGUAACAAACAACAGGUUCCUACAAACUUGAUGACUUUUGAGUAAAAGCCUGAGAAAGAAGAGAGGCGACUUGCUGCUCCCAAGCGAGAGCAAGGACCUGAUGACAGAGCGCCAGCGAAAAACCAGUCCUGUGCCAGGAGGAGCCCAGAGGUCCGUCUCAGCCUUUGGAGUUCUGAACCCAAAAAAGCACUAAUGUCAGGGAAUGAAGUGAGACAUUCCCAGAGAACAAAUCGAGUUGCAAAACAAACUGCCAUGGACCUGCUUCUCAUCUCUGAACCGACCUGCAGAAACCACUGCCUUAACAGAAUGAAAGGAAAAGCAACUUGAAACACCAAAUAGUGUGUGUGAACCUUCGGGCGGUGCUGUGCUUGGAAUAGAUCGUAGCUAAUUUGCAUUUCUUUUACCUUUGUACUAAUUUGGGAGGGGAGGCGGGGGUCGCCUUUUUUAGAUACACUUUAAAAAGGAAAAACAUGUUUCUAAUGCGUUACAUCAGGAGCUGGUUUUGAACCGGAGGUGUAGAGAUAGGCUAGUUAGCAGGAUUCUAGUAGCCGGUCCACCGGAAGAUGGUUAGGCCCCCACUGGUCUGCAGCCUCACUCACUCUCACAGCCAGAGUGUAGGCCCUAGAAAUGUUAUAAUGUGAGUUGUUGGGGUUUGUUUGGGACUUAAGGAGGGUUUUUGUUUGGUUUUGGAUGAGGGAAGAUAUUUUUAAACACUAAACUUCUGAGAUUUAGUACUGUAUGGGGAACAUUACUUCCUGCAGGAGGUAUAAAGGCUGAGUGUUCACGUGCCAGACACUUCUUUCAAGUGGGCUCCAGAAAACAUGGUCGUUUUCAACUGGGUUUAAAUUCAGCCUUCUAUAUGAAUUCUUUCUUGGACCACAGAUCUGCUUAGCAGGGAACUGUAAUCCCAAACUAAACUUUUCUGAGAUUUUUACAGUAAUCACAUUUUUUUUUUCAAGUUAAUUGGAUUAUCCCUUCUGCCAGCCACCGGUGAUUUUUAUCCUUGAGGUGAUAUAUUGAUAUUUCAUCAGGGUAUUUUCCUUUUCAGUGUUUAACGUGCACAAUGCCAGGUUUUUAAAUUCAUCUUCAUUAUUUUUGUUCAAUAUGUGAUUCAGGAUCACAUUUGUUUAGAAGAGAUUCCACAUGUUAUAUGUGUGUUUUAUUAUAAUUUUAAAAGGGAAAAGAUUGAGAUUCUGGGAAUUUAAAGUCAAAAGUUUCCUUCCUAAACAACUUUAAACGUUUUUCUGAAAACUUACAAUAUAGUAACUUACUAUAUAUACAUAUAUACAUACACACAUACACACACAGAUAUUGGUCUCUACCAUGAAACCAUAUUUUGUCAGUAGUUGACCAAGCAGUUUUGUGAGAGCUCUUCUAUGCAAUAAUGCAUUUAAUAUCUAAAAUACAAAAAAAAAAAAGUUUGAAGGUGAGAUGCCUUAGAGUUUUAACAAAAAGUGGCAUUUGAACAAAGACUUUGUGUUGGGUGUUAUACACUCACGAGGCAUCAUUAAGUUUUAGCAGUGCCCCAGAGUAAGAAAAGCUUUCUGACUGAUACCUUCUUGUAGGCUUCCGUUACUUUGGGCCUCACAUAAAAAUUUUCACGUUUGUAUUCUUAGAAAAUGUUAUACAUUUUUCUCCUAAGUAUUUCACUCUCGAAUCCAUGAAACUUAAAUAGAAAAUAUUGCCCACAGAAUAAUUAGGUAAGUAGAAGAGCUUUUUUCUGAGUGCUAUGUCUUUAAAUUUAGUUUUCUGUUUCAAAAGGAUAUUAAGAGUUCAUAUGUUUUUCUCACAUAUAGCACAGUUAGAAAUACCAUCAUUUCUGGUUUUGUGGAAAAUGACAUGGGCUAGAGAGAGCAAACUGUUGCCUGUGCUGAAUGAUUUUUCAGUUAAUGACCUCCGGAACUUAACCCACGCUGGGUGCGCAGAUGGACGCCAUCUGCACGGCUGAUAGUGUUACUGUUAGACCUUGCUCACCUUACUUUUGUUCUGCUUUUUUUUUUUUAAAUUCCUUAAUCUGCUUACUUCUCUUCAGAAAUAAGUAUUUUUCACCAGUGUAUGUGUUUUUUAAAAAUUAUUGUGGAUGAGACCCUGUGGAUUUUUUAUUAUUAUUUUGUUUGUCGUAAAUAAGCUAAAGUAGACAUGUCAUAGGUUGACCAUUUCUGAAGAGAUACGUAACUGGAAGUCGGAGCCUGACAUCACGCAGUUUUGCCAAAGAGGGAACUAAACUGGAAGAUGUGUUUGAUAUUUUCUGCUCUAAACAUUAGUGGGUGCUUGCACAGAGUAAGAAUAGUGUUCAGUUUGGUAAAUAGUCCGUAUAUAGAAUCGUGGUCUCUGACUGCCGGAAACUCUUUAACAUAACUGCAUAGAAGUGACCAUUGUUCUUCUGUCUCCAAAUUUGUCCGUCCAAAAGAUUAGUCCUUGCUUUUUAAGAUUAUUUUAGCAUUUGAAGCAAAUGGAAACCAGUGAGAGAAGUGAAUUAAAAUAGUAUAGGUGAAUUUUUUAUUACUGCUCACCAGGUGAUAUCUAAUGAUAACUCAAGAAAAUAUGUCACCAAAAUAUAUUAAAUAUUUAGGUAGUUUAUUAGUGGGAUGAUGAAUUUAUCUCCCUUUUACCCUUUAUAAAUUAGUAAAUUGGUGAUUCAGAAGCUUGAAAUUUCCAUCAAUAUUAAGUUCAUUCGUUUCCUAGCCAAGAAAAACUCAUAGAGUGAUAAUUUAAAUUUAAGCUAGUCUGUGAUAAGCAUAAUGAUUGGCAUAUUAUAUGGCCUGAUGUAACAGUAUGUAAUACCAGCCAAAAUGCAAUUUGAGACAUGCCUCAUUUAACAUUUUAUUUGAACAUGAAAGCUUAUUUUUCGUAUGGAAGUAAUGUAUUAGUUUUUAAAAUAUAACUAUAAAAAUAACUGCAUAAUGACCUUCCAGAGCACUAUUUUUGGUUUCAUGUCCUCUCUGUGUCUGGGUCCUGCUUAUUUUUCAGAGGUUUUUUGUUGUUGUUGUUGUUGUUCUCACUGUAACCUCCAAAUGGUAAGCAUUGAAAGAGAACUGAUCAAACACACCUUCCUAUUUUGUUUUCUUCACUAUGUAAAUAUUGUUUGUGUAAACAUUACAAAAAGGGAUCCAAACAAUUUGAGUUUGAGUAUUUUUUUCUCCUUAGGCAUGUGCUUCCAUGACAUGUUUUUCUGUGUGGGAAAAUGCCAUGUGACUAUUGCACUACCUUCCGUAUGAACUGUCAGUAUUUGGUCUUUCUGUGUGUCAAGAGUUAAGGUGUCUAUAGCUGUGACAUUUUUAUAAGUGGCUUUAUUCCUCUUCUAGAAGAUUUAUAAAAGAGACCAAGGAACGCUAUUGUUAUAGAAGGAGAAAAUGUUUACAGUCUGUAGUGUAUACUAUGUAUUAGUUGAAACCGGGGCCCUCCAAGAGCAGCCUAGUCUGUUGAUCUCUUGGGAUUACUAGAUUUCUAGAAUUUACCUGGCCAAAUGACUUGAGCAGAAGUUUCUUUCCCUUUUUUUUUUUUUUUCCUUUGGUAGAUUAAAUUGUAAAUAAAACUAUAGGGCAUCAUAUGAAAGGAAAUUGAUAAUGUAUCCACUGUUGACUUUCUUUCUGUUUUUUGAGGCACAUUCCUUUACAACCACACUAUCUUCUGCAAACAAGGGGUACCAGCAUUGCUUAAUGGAAGGUAAUCUUUAAAAAAGAAACCCUCUGCUACAAAGGCUUUUGAAGUAAUUGGAUCCCUUUUUGGAAAUGAAGAUGAAUUCGACUGUCCCGGUGAAAUGCUGAUACUGCUGUUUUACGAUUAGAUGAGCUAGAGCAAGUGGUGAGGCUUGUCUGACUUGCUCAGAUAUCUUUGCUUUUAUUUUCUCUCUCCUGUAUUAUUUCUUUCAAACCUAGUAAACUUAUGAUUUUAUAGCCAGAGUGGCAUUUUGUUUUUUCAAAGCUUUGAAAUACACUGUUACUUAAUCACACUGAUGACAAUUAUUUUCCAUGUGAAGUCAGCCUUUCCAAAGUGAUUCAAGUACUUUUUGCUUUUGCUCCCCUAAAAAUGGCUUGUGUCUAAAGUGACUAUUUUCAUUCUAUUUUGAGGAUUUUCACGAAAGAGAUCUGCGAUACAAACUCGUAAGCUCAUCGAAAGCAAUCUCAUUACACUGGUAUCUCAAGUUGGAGCGUGGGGAAACUUUGGUCAGUGCCUUAUCGAUUCAAAGACCAAGUUUAGGGCAUCGAGUAUUGACAGCGAUCAUUUGCCCUCCUACUCCUUUAUUUCAGGAGUGUGUGCUCUCCCUCUCUCCACCAGCUUACUCUUUCUCAUGGCAAGUUUAAGAAAGUCUGUACAGACACCUCUAGGAAUCGUGGCAUCCUUGGUUUCGAGUCUUUGUAGACAAGCGCCCUCUCUGCUCCUCUCCUUCCAGGGUAGGAGAUUAAAAACAAAUCCACCCAAAUCAGCCUUUGGGUGAACACUCUUAAGAACAACUUUGAAGAGCAUCUGUCAAGCUCAGUUAAUUUUGUGUUGUUGAUAUUGGUUUGUUUUUUUUUUCUUUUUUGAGCGUAGACUUACACAUAAGGCCUUUCAGCAAAUCUCUAAAAGAAUAUGAUACAACCGAAAGGAUUUGUUUGGGUUUUAUUAAAGGUACUGGAAUUUUGUAAUGAGAGUUCCUUUGGCCAGAAAUGAGAUUUAGUUUGGUUCAUUCUUACAUUUAAAUAAGACUCAGAACAAACAAGCACUCACUUAACUUACGCAUUAUGAUUUACUUGAAAAUAUGAUGGCAGGAAACUGAAAACAACUCCAAUAUAUAAAUUAAAGGGAAGUUUAAUUUAUACAGUUUACUAGCUUUCCCAGCAAAAGCGAAGCUGGAAAACAUUUUGCUUCUCUGAGAUUAUUGCAAUAUCUGGAGCCACUGUUGUUCAACUGAGUCAAGAGGCUAUUUUCAAAAAUUUUAAAGGACUUGUCUAUUCCCAAGUAGGCAGGUGGACUCUUUAAGGCCACCUGAGGGAUUAAGCGGUCCUUGAGGGUUGGUUAUUAGCAGAAUUUAAAUUUUGAUUUUAGUCAUUUCGACUGCAAAGUAGUGAUGAGGUUAAAGGGUACAUAAUCAGGCUGCUUUGGAAUUGAACUUGAAUAGGCAAGCAGACAAUUUCAUAAGUAUUAGCUGUGCUUUAGGUACCAGGUAACAAAUACUAAGUUUCCCCUGAAGACAUCAUUUAUUAGAAGUAGUCACAAAUAGAAGCCAAUAAUUGUUGACUUAUUAAGUCUGACGGAGUAGCCAAUAAGAAGUCACUAGACCCUUCAAGAGCUUCUACCCUUGAGCAGUGACAGUUUCGUCGUUUCACAGCCGAAGUGUGUGUGUGGGAGGGGGCGGGGAACUCAUUCACAGCGUAAUCUGAAGGAGAUACACAUCUGUGGGGAUUAAAACCCAGUGAUGAUUAAUAGAGAAAAACACAAGCCAUUUUUAUUCUUUAUCUCAGUUAACGUGCGGUACUCUAAUGAUGAAGCACUCGAUUGCACUGUGACCUCCUUGAGUGAUGUGCAACCUACUUCCUCUCUCACUUUUUGUCCCUAUUUAAUAUGCAAAUGUGAGCGUGAGAUCUUCGGUGUGUUUGCAUAAGCUAAUUUAAAAUGAAUUUACAGUUUUCUGAAAUAUUUCUAUUGAAAUAAAUGACUUAAAAUAUA